AUGCCGACCUGUAGGUAUGAUGGAAGAGGAGACCCGGGUAGAUUCAUAACGUCCUACGAGGGGCAUAUGAUGUUGUACACCAACUCAGAUGUUGUUUGGUGCAAAGUCUUUCCGACUACCUUAGUUGGGGCCGCGGCUGAUUGGUUUAAUAAUCUGGAAAAUGGGAUGGUAGACAGUUUUGAGAAAUUGACUGAGAUGUUUGUGGGUCAGUAUGUUAGUAACAGUGUGCAGCAGAGAACUUCAGGGGAGUUGAUGGCGGUAGAGCAAAGGUCGGAUGAGUCUUUAAGGGAUUAUAUUAGGCGGUUUAAUAACGAGGCAAAUACAAUCCCGAAGUUGCAACAAGAGAUAGCUGUGAUGGCAUUGAUGAAUGGCUUAAAUGAUUCCGAGUUUAAGCGCUAUCUUACACGAAAGAAUUUUCAGACAUUGGCAGCUGCUUUUAACAAAGCCCAUGAUUACAUCAAAAGUGAAGAAUUGAUGAAAACGAGUAGUAAGAAUGUAACAGUUGGCAAAGGUCAAUAUCAAUAUGAAGGUGCAGCCUCUGGAAGUGGAAGGCCGAGAACUUUGACCCCAUGA